AUGGCCACGAGCCACCCCUCGGGCCUCCGGGCCAGCGCCGGCUCCACCUCGUACCGCCGCGCCUUCGGGCCGCCGCCCUCGCUGUCCCCGGGGGCCUUCUCGUACGCGUCCAGCUCGCGCUUCUCGGGCGGCCGCCUGCUGGGCUCGGCGUCCUCGGGCUCCUCGGGGCGCCUGGGCGGCUUCCGCGGGCCGCGGGGCUCCCUGCCGCGCCUGCCCUCGGAGCGCCUCGACUUCUCGGUGGCCGAGGCCCUCAACCAGGAGUUCCUGGCCACGCGCAGCAACGAGAAGCAGGAGCUGCAGGAGCUCAACGACCGCUUCGCCAGCUUCAUCGAGAAGGUGCGCUUCCUGGAGCAGCAGAACGCGGCCCUGCGCGGGGAGCUGAGCCAGGCCCGGGGCCAGGAGCCGGCGCGCGCCGACCAGCUGUGCCGCCAGGAGCUGCGCGAGCUGCGCCGGGAGCUGGAGCUGCUGGGCCGGGAGCGCGACCGGGUGCAGGUGGAGCGCGACGGGCUGGCCGAGGACCUGGCGGCGCUCAAGCAGAGGUUGGAGGACGAGAUGCGCAAGCGGGAGGACGCCGAGCACAACCUCGUGCUCUUCCGCAAGGACGUGGACGACGCCACCCUGUCGCGCCUGGAACUGGAGCGCAAGAUCGAGUCUCUGAUGGAUGAGAUCGAGUUUCUCAAGAAACUGCACGAGGAGGAGCUGCGGGACCUGCAGGUGAGCGUGGACAGCCAGCAGCUGCAGCAGGUCGAGGUGGAGGCGACCGUGAAGCCGGAGCUGACGGCGGCGCUGCGGGACAUCCGCGCGCAGUACGAGAGCAUCGCGGUGAAGAACCUGCAGGAGGCCGAGGAGUGGUACAAGUCCAAGUACGCGGACCUGUCGGACGCCGCCAACCGGAACCACGAGGCCCUGCGCCAGGCCAAGCAGGAGAUGAACGAGUCGCGGCGCCAGAUCCAGAGCCUCACGUGCGAGGUGGACGGGCUGCGCGGCACCAACGAGGCGCUGCUCAGGCAGCUGCGGGAGCUGGAGGAGCAGUUUGCCCUGGAGGCGGGCGGGUACCAGGCGGGCGCCGCGCGGCUGGAGGAGGAGCUGCGCCAGCUCAAGGAGGAGAUGGCCAGGCACCUGCGCGAGUACCAGGAGCUGCUCAACGUCAAGAUGGCCCUGGACAUCGAGAUCGCCACCUACCGCAAGCUGCUGGAGGGCGAGGAGAGCCGGAUCCUCGCGCCCGUCCACUCCUUCGCAUCCUUGAGCGCCAAGACUCCUCUCCCAGAGAUGGAGCUGCCGCAGGACACCCACAGCCGGAAGAUGGUUCUGAUCAGGACCAUUGAGACUCGGGAUGGGGAGGUGGUGACUGAGUCGCAGAAGGAGCAGCACGGUGAACUGGAUAAGUCUUCCGCUCACAGCUACUGAGCCCAGCCCCCAGCGACUGCGGCUGAGGGGCCCCAACCCUCAUCCCCCACCCCCUGCAUAGCCUCUUCAUCCCCUGCAUGAGU